UACUGUUGUGGUGCAAUCCAAUCUAGACUUGGGUUUUACACAGACCACUAUCACUAACCAGUCGUAAUUUCUGGAACUGGGUGCCGGUCGGAGGCUUGCCUGCAAGGUGGUAUAAAAGUUGAUCGUUGGCUUUUACUCGUACUAGUUUAAAUACUGCUGUGUUAAGGAAUCUUGCAAUUCCCUAAAGACAAUGGAUUUGACUCCAGAGUGGCUUAAUGAGGCCUUUCUGACUAAAGUUCUUCAAGGAGGUGAAGACAAAGAGCCAAAGAUAACUGUUCUCAGUUUUAGUGCAAAACCGGCUAUUGCUGCUGGUGACAACUUCUCCAGUUAUCUCUUCCGAGUGUUAGUACAUUACAGAGUGGGUAGCUCAACCCAAGAAGAAUCAAAGUCACUCAUUGUCAAAUUACCAGUAAAAGAAGGAUUGAUCUUUGAAAUAGCAGGCCAGACUCAGUUUUAUAACAAAGAGGAUGUGUACUAUGGAGAAUUAUUGGAAAAAAUGAUCAACAAAAUCAAUUGGCAGUUUACAGCAAAAAGUUUCUACAGCCCUAUUGAAGGUGUAAUAGUGUUGGAGGACUUGAAGCCGGACUAUUUUGUAGCUGAUAAAAUCAAACAGUUAGAUCUUGCACACAGCAAAUUAGUUUUCAUUACUUUAGCUAAGUUCCAUGCUGCAGCUGUUGCCAUUUAUCAUGAAAACCCAAAACUGAUAGAAGCAGUUGGUGGUGAAUGCUUCUAUGUUGAAGGUGGACCAUUACAAAAGUGGAUUGAAUUUGGUUGCAAGGCUCUUGGCGAGAACUUAAAUGAAGUGGAUGGCUGCAAAGAAUAUGCAGAUUUUUUUCUCAGCAGGGCAGACAAUAUUUGGAAACUAGCUGAAGAAGGAGUGAAGCCAAAACCAGGCCGUUUCAAUGUACUGCUUCACGGAGAUGUGUGGGUCAACAAUAUGAUGUUUAAAUACAACACAGACAAAGAACCAGUUGAUGUCAAGCUUUUGGAUUUUCAAAUUUCUAGGUACUCAACUCCCGUGUUUGACUUGCUCUACUUCCUCUAUACAAGUGCUAAUGAUGAUGUGAGGGAUAACCAUCAACUAGAACUGUUUGAACUUUAUGUGAAGACUUUGAACGAGAGCUUAGAGCAGGUUGGAUGUUCGGAAAGGUUGACGCUGGAAGAAGUGAAAGAAGACAUCAAAGCUGCAGCUCCGUGGAUGAUCACGACCAUUGCUUUUGGAGUUACCCCUAUCACAGUUCAUGGCACCGAUGAUGGUGAAAGCUAUGAAGGUAUCACUACUGAAGACAUUGUCGCUGGCAAGUGUGACCCCAUAUUUAGAAGAAUGUACAAUUGUAAACGCCUGAAAGCUAUAGUGCCUGUUUUGAUGAGGCAAUAUUUCAAUUUUCUGAAAAGUCUAUAAUUCCAACUGAACGGAAUUGCUUGUUAAAAUGCCUUAUUUAUUACAACUCUGUGGUAGUCCAACCAAGUCUAAAACAAUAUACUGUAGUGGAUUUUUUAUUAUUAAAUUUGACUAAAGGUUAUUUUUACAUAAUACUGUACUCUAAGGAUUGAAAGAAAAUCACUUGCUUAUAUGUAUACUUUCACAAAAUAUGUAUUAACUAAAAAUUGUUAAUUCUUUUUUUUAUAAAAUACACACACAAAAUUUUAUCUAUAUAUUGUAAAUUCACAAAAUAUGUAUUUUCAAGUGAGCAAAGAUUGUAACACAGUAUGAAUUAAGACAUAAUUAAAACAAAAUAACUAGUAAACAUUUUUAUAGCCACUGGAAAUGGUUAAAAUCUCUCAAAGACACAUUUUGUUGAAAUUUUAUUGUAACCAAUUAAUAAAAUUUAUACUUUUUAUAAUAA